CUCUUUUCCGACUGCGUAGUCUGCGUUACCAACUUUCCUCCUUCCUUAGAUUUUCGCAUCAAAUAUCAAUAAGUCUAUUUCUUUUCUCUCUCUCUCUCUCUGGUGAAGUUCGCAUCUGAAGAAUGGCGGAAUCAGAAGCCAAACAGCCUGAGGAGAUGGUUCAAGACAAUGAAAAGAGGCUGAAAUAUCUUGAUUUUGUCCAAGUGGCGUCGAUCUACAUAGUCGUUUGCUUCUCAUGCCUCUAUGAGUACGCCAAAGAAAAUUCUGGUCCACUGAAACCCGGUGUCCAGACCGUCGAAGGCACCGUGAAAACAGUCAUCGGACCGGUCUACGAGAAGUUUCACGACGUGCCCUUCGAGUUCCUCAUGUUCGUUGAUCGGAAGGUGGACGAGUCCCUGAACGAGUUGGAUCGUCACGUGCCUUCGCUGGUGAGGCAGGCUUCACUCCAGGCUUUAUCGGCGGCUCAGAAGGCUCCAGAGGUGGCUCGAGCUGUGGCCUCGGAAGUCCAGGAAGCCGGCUUGGUAGGCACGGCUACCAACGUAGCCAAGACCAUGUACACCAAGUACGAGCCCACCGCCAAAGCGCUCUAUUCGACGUACGAGCCGGUGGCCGAGCAGUACGCCGUGUGGGCUUGGCGCUCUCUGAAUCAGCUUCCCCUAUUCCCCCAAGUGGCUCAUAUAGUGGUCCCCACAGGCCUUUACUGGUCGGAGAAAUACAAUCGGGCCGUGUGUUAUACGGCGGACAGAGGGUACACGGUUUCGUUGUACCUGCCUUUGGUGCCCAUAGAGAGGAUCGCGAAGGUGUUCGAGGGUGCUGAGAAUGGGCCCACCAUUUCGCCUGACGGUGAAGCUGUCGUCGUGGCUGAAUGAGAGCCGUCUGAUUACGGUAAUGGGUGGUGGCCUCUUGUCACGGAUUUCAAUUUCAUGUUUUGUAAGGUUUGACGGGUUGAAAAUGCUUUGUCUGCUAAAUUGCCUCUCGUUUAAUUCUUGAUUUUGGUUUUAUUCUACCAACAAUGCUCGAAAGUUCCUAAACAA